AUGGGGAACAAAGCUCUGACCCAGCGGCAGUUAGGCAAAACCAUAUCCAAAGCCUACGAGCCAGUGGCGAAGCAGGCGCCCAAGCUUCCGCUUGAACCUCAGAAACCGCCGCAGUUCGAUGCGGCUAAGCUUACCCAAAAACUCCAGAACAAACAUGGUAAUGCCCCGCCAAACACUGCAGUGACGCCUCCCGGCAAAGACGGCUUCGACCCUCAGAUUGAAGGCACAUCUACAUACGACACUGACUUUGUUGACUCCGUGACCAGGCUUGGGCGACAGGUGAACCUGAUCCUGGUACCCCAAGUUAAUGCCGAUGCGCUAUCCUUGCGCCAGCUCAACAAUCGCAAACAAUUAUGGGAUAAAGGGGAAACACAAAAGCACAAUCAUGACACGGCGAAACUGUUGGUGAACCCGCAAACGCUCUCGGCGAUUGUCAGCGACCUUCGGGAUGGCUUUGCCCCCGCUAAAGUAGCGGACGAUUAUGGGCUUGAGCCGCAGAUGGUGGACAAUCUCCUGCGGUUCAGUAUGGCCAAAACGGUGGUGGUGAUGAAGGAAGAACCCAAAAAGGGCGAACUCACCCACCGGGCUACGGGGCUGGGGAGAAUCGAAGCCGAAGACAAUGACCGCUUCGAUAAGGAGAGAUUGAAGAAGUUGAAGCUGCGCAUCAGUGUCGAGUGA